AUGAAUGUUACUUCUCGUCAAUACAUUAAAAGACCAGUGAAAGAAUUGAAUUUAUUUGAUGAUUUAACUUCUCGAUCUGAUGCAUUUCAUCAUCGAAUGGCCAUUAUAUCAACUCGCAUCUAUCUUGUUCUUCUUACAUUGGCCGUUCUUAUUCUUAUCAUAUACGUUGAACCAGAUGGCCAAACUCAAGUUUUUACUGUUCAAAAUCCAUCUCUAACAAUCUAUGAGAUUUUGAAGAAAAAAGAUGUGAACACACUUUCUUGUCCAUGUAGUCAAGUGACCAUUCCGUACACUACAUUUGUUUCGAUGUCUACUCUAUUUCAUCCUAUAUGUUCAAGUUGGUUUGUCUCCAAUGACUGGAUCAAUCUUUUAUUUGAUCCGGACAUUAGCUAUUUCUUCCAACUAGAUUUUCGUUCAUCGGCCACAGGCCAAUUUCAAAUGCUUUCCUCACUUUGUUCGUUUGUCAAGCAGUCGCUACGUGAUUCAAUUGAUGAUUUUCUUUUCAACACUUUCUUCAGUCCACAACUGGUUACGCAACAGUUAAUGGAUGCUCAGGUUCAAUCUGAAACUUUAUUCUUACGAACAUCAACCGUUAAUUUUGUGCGUCAAGUUUUAAGUCUUAUACGUAGUACUACACAAAACAAUCAAUUACAAUCAACAUUUCAAACAUCAAAAAGUCUUUCAAUAAUCGUCAGAAGCGAUCGUACAGCAGUUAUUAAUGCGAUGAGUAGCAUUUUCUUCGAUGAUAAUGCUACAUUAUGCUCCUGCGGCAUCACAUCCUCCUGUUCAUCAUCAUCUGGUAUCUUCAAUAUGUGA